CGUAAUGGUGCAUGCGCCAAGACCUGGUUAGACGUUCGUGUGAGCGUGCGUCGAUGUGUGUGAGAGUAAAGCUGGAGGGACUCCCGUCUCGUCCUCACGGUGCUCAGAAUAUCUUGGACUGACUGAUCCAGAGGCAGCCCGGUCACACGACCGGAGCGACCGGGUUUUUCCCCAAUAUGCUUCCCCCCCUGCUCGCCGCUUUUGGGUCCUUCAGCGCGCCGUGUGCGUCGUUCGGUUUAAUUCCAAAGCUCCCUGCUCUUGCUUUCCCUCUAUUCUGCGCUGCGCAUCAAGGUGGCUGCCCAGCGGGUCAUCGCGGACAGUCCGGCGACUGGCUGAAAGCUGAGCCCGCCCGCCCGCACGGAGAUACGGACUGCAGUUUUACUUGAAGAGAAGAGGUGGAGGGGGAGGAAAUGGAGAACCCGGCCAGGUAUCUCUCUUCGGUGCAGGGGAUCGAUUCCGUGCCGGCGCCCCUCGGAGAGGUCAUGUGGAACAGCACUGAAACGGAGGCGACAAACGACGGCGGGAAGGACGUGGUGGCACGCACGGUGACCGGCUGCCUGCUGUCCUUGCUCAUCCUUUGGACUCUGCUGGGGAACAUCCUGGUGUGCUCCGCGGUGCUGCGCUUUCGCCACCUGCGGACCAAAGUCACCAACAUCUUCAUAGUGUCCCUGGCUCUGUCGGAUUUAUUCGUGGCCGUGCUGGUGAUGCCCUGGAAAGCUGUGGCAGAGGUGGCCGGGUACUGGCCGUUUGGCACUUUUUGCAACGUCUGGGUCGCCUUCGACAUCAUGUGUUCCACCGCGUCCAUCCUCAACCUCUGCAUCAUCAGCGUGGAUCGGUACUGGGCCAUCUCCAGUCCCUUUCGAUACGAGAGGAAAAUGACCCAGCGGGUCGCCUUUGUCAUGAUCAGCAUCACCUGGACACUGUCCGUGCUGAUUUCAUUCAUACCGGUCCAACUGAACUGGCACAAAGCCACCGCCGACGGGUUGGCCGGAGCGCACAACUCCUCCGCGAGUCGGCAACUGGAGGAAAACUGCGAUUCCAGUCUGAGCCGCGAAUACGCAAUCUCCUCCUCGCUCAUAAGUUUCUAUAUUCCCGUGGCGAUCAUGAUUGUAACAUACACCAGGAUUUAUCGGAUUGCUCAGAUCCAGAUCAGAAGGAUAGCGUCCCUGGAGAGGGCGGCGGAGCACGCGCAAAGCUGCCGAAGCAACAGGAUAGAGUGCCAACACCACAACACGCUGAAAACUUCAAUCAAACGGGAAACCAAAGUGUUUAAAACUCUUUCGGUGAUCAUGGGCGUCUUCGUGUGCUGCUGGUUGCCCUUUUUCGUGUUGAACUGCAUGGUCCCGUUCUGCAACAAGCCGGCUGCGGACCGAGACGCGGGCUUGCCGUGCGUCAGCGAGACGACCUUUGACGUCUUCGUGUGGUUCGGUUGGGCCAACUCAUCCCUCAACCCAAUCAUCUACGCCUUCAACAACGAGUUCAGGAAGGCCUUCGCCAGCCUCCUGGGCUGUCGCCACUUCUGCUCCAACACACCCGUGGAGACGGUGAACAUCAGCAACGAGCUGGUCUCUUACAACCAGGACACGAUCAUCCACAAGGAGAUCGCCAACGCGUACGUCAACAUGAUCCCCAAUGUGGUCGAAUGUAUGGAGCACGAAGAGACGUUCGACAGGAUCUCCCAGUUUUCUCACAACAACGACAACGCCACAGACUCCGUUUGCGACCUGGAGGACUGCGAAGCGGACAUCAGUCUGGACAGGUUGUCACCUUUCACCCCAAACGGAUUACACUGACUCCACACGGUGCGUCACUGGGUGUGUUGGUGAUUCUCAGAGCCGGCCCAAAGUUAUACGGGGCCCUGGGCAGAAUUUGAUUCGGAGGUCCACUUCUGAUUAAAUUUAACAUCCAUCAGCAACUAAAGCGCCACGAUGUUACAUUGCCCAUGCUCGGUCAUUAUUUAAAUUCCACAUUUGAACAUCUUGGUUUAAAUGCAGAAAUAAAAAUAGUCAGCCAAAACAGACAAGCAAACAAACAAACAAACAAAUCCUUAAAUUGAUAUUUCAGAUUUUUAUCAGCUAGAGGGUAAAUAAUCAGAGCUGGGCCAAAAGAAUCAAAGGACAGCCUCAGAUUCAAAAUAUUCAUAGAGAUUUAUGGGAACACAAAUUUAUGAACCUUCAAACUGUUUGAAUUAAUUCAUUAUAAAGGUAAAAAAAACAAGGUAUUUACACUGGGCAAACACACUGUGGAACAAUUGUGCUCAGGCAGUCUGGUCAAAGUAACUACAGUGCCUUGCAGAAGCACUCCCGACCCUUGAACUUUUUUUUUUUUUACAUCUUGUCACAUUAGAGACAAAUUUAAUUGGUAUUUUAUGUGAUCGACCAAGACAAAAAUAUUUAAAAGCAAAAAAAAAAUCCACCAGACAUCACCCAAAUAGUUAAGAGAAUCCACCUUUCUGUAAUUCAAUCUUGGUAAAAGUCCCAGUUUUCACAAAGACUAAUAAACACAGCUGUCAAAUCAGGUAUAAAGCUGAUUUAUACCUGAUUUAAACAGUAGAGAAGCUCAGUGUUAUGUUAUAAAACUGAAUGGCAAGCUUUGAACAUCUUAGAUCUUAAUCUGAAAAUGGAAAAUGCAUCACAGGGCUGCAAACCCACCAAAACACCAGUACACCUAAAUAAAAAGCGUGCAGUGUGUGUUCUGGACAUGUACAGGUGAUGAGCCGGUCCUUCUAAAGAUAAGUGUUAUAGGAAAGGCUAACUUGUUUAAUCUCUUUGUUACUUGGCUGAAAACUAUGGUCUAAUCAUUUAAAAUCACUCAACUGACCUUUGUUGUCUCAAUAAAAGCACAUUUCUCCAAGUCAUGAUAAAACAAAAUUCAUGUAUAAUAAAUUUCUACAAGUAAAAAAAAAAAAACACCCUGUUUUUACCAGUAGGUGUGAAAGCUAAUUUUCUUUUGCGGGAAUGAGGGCAAAAGUGAGAUAUUAAAAUAUCUGACGGCAAACCUAAACUCACAAGUUGGGAAAGGAAAGCAUAGAUCAGAGAAGCAUCCUACAGGACUGUGGCAACUUUGGAGGAGCUUCAGAGAACAACAGCUCAGGGGAGGGAUUCGACACACAAAUAGGGCAAUCCUAAAAAAACAAACAAAAAAAACUCUGUAAAAGAGAUGAAACUGGGGAGGAGGCUUGCCUUUCAGCAAGACAGUGACCUUCAACAGACGACCAGAAGAAUGGUUCAGAUGAAAGUGUGUUUAUGCUUUUGAGUGAUCAGAGCUCAAAUCUCACACCGAAAUCCAAUUCAGAAAAUAAGACCUGACAAUUUAUGUUCACUGAUGCUUGCCAUGCAAUCUGACUGAGCUUCAGCUACUUUUCUAUUCUAAGAAGUAUCUGCAAAAAUGUCCAUCGAUAGAGAAACAAACAUGGUGGUGUGAUGGUAGCUAACGGUGGACACACACAGUAUUGCCUCGAGGGGCCUGAAUACAAAUCCACAUGUCUAAACAUUUUAGAAUUACAAUGACAUACAAAAAGUAUAACCGUGCAACAUUUCCCAACCAUUUCAUACUUUGUAGUGGUCUUUCAAAUAAAAUCCCAAUAAAUGACAUUGAUGCUGGUGAUUUUGAUGUUAAGAAAUCUGGAAAGAUUCAAGAGGAAUGUAAACUUUUGCGAGGGACAAAAAAAAGUACGGCAGUGUAGAUUUUUUCUUUUUAUAGCUCCACAUCUGUCAACUUGCCCUAUGAUCCUAAGUGUUAUUAGGAGCCCUGAGGCCGACUGGAGUGGCAGCUAAGCUCCUGCAUUUCCUGCCUUGGGCCGGCUCUGAUGCUUCCAUCAUCGUUAAUUUUCCCAGAAGCCCCUCUCCAUUGGAGUGGGGCACAACACAGGGGUACCAUGAGCUAUUGAGCACCAUGGCUGGGCCGAUGGUGGGGUCUGAUGACCUUCUCGUAGACACGAUCGACCACCCUGCAAUGGCUUUACAUCAUAUCUAAAACGUGAUGAUGUUGUCCUGUUCUGAAAACAACAACAACAAAAAAACGUGACGUGUAGAUGUUUAUUUACUUGACAAUUAAAGUCCGUGUUUCUUCGUUCAACGGUCCAUUGUUGCUGAAACUGUUGCUGACUAAAAGGCUUUACUCGGUGCGCCAGUGUCUAUAAUGUCUACUCCGAGGAUUCACAAAGGGGACUUCCUGCCUCUUUACUAACCAUCAAGCGUACCCAGUGCCCACCUUUCCAUUGAGCGUGAAAACUGAGGGAAGCCUUACAAGACAGUGUGACUAAAACAGUCCAAUGCAGUCAAUUUAGCGCCUUACAGCCUGGCGAACAAAGAGAUUUGAGACAUGAAAGGAAUGUGUCCUGUAGAGUUUAAGUUACGUGAUGCCAAAAUGCAUUAUUGAAGCGUGUCGCCACACCAACCUCCCAGGUGACUCUCUUUUUAGCACAUGCGCUCAGGACAUGUUGGACACUUGAAUCUGAGCUGCCACAGGCUUUUAAAUAGAAAAAUCUAACGUGACGGAUACACAGAGGAAGCCUGCGUGUGCUGGAAUCUCUAACUCACAUCUUAAAAUAACACGUUGCUAUUGUUAGAGUUAUUUUCUAUGAUGUUUAAUUUCACACAGUGGCCAAAACUUGUGUAACGCUUCAGCUGUGUGGGCCAGACCUAUCUCUGUCUGACCAGACUCAAAGACGAGAAGAAAAAGAAAUAAUAAUAAUAAUAAUAAUAAUAAUAAUAAUAAUAAUAAUAAUAAUAAUAAUAAUAAUAAUAAUAAUAGUCUCCCAGACAUUACUUGAAACCAGUCGGACAGCACA